AUGGAGCAAAUCUACCGGAAAAAUCGUCAAGGAACAUCAUUUUCAAAGCCUGGGUGGAACAACAUUCACUCUGCAUUCAAUGCAAAAACAGGAAAAUCAUAUGAGAAGAAGCAAUUGAAAAAUAGGCUCGAUAGCUUGAGGAAGGAUUGGAGGACAUGGGUUGAUUUAACCAAAGAGACUGGUGAGAAUCCCCAGUAUAAAAAGUUUAGGUACCAGGGGUUAAAGUUUGCUCAUGAAUUAAACACGAUAUUCAAGGGUGUGAUAGCAUCUGGAGAGGAUAUGUUGGCACUGUCUUUAACCCAACCUCAGACACAAGAGGAUGACGAAGAGAAUAUGUAUAGAGUUGAUACAGAUCUCCUUGAAGGAUUGGGGGAUAGCGAAGAAGAUCUUGGAGGUGCUAGUGUAGGAGUUACAGAUGAGAUGGCAGGCGUAAACUUAACAGCAAAAACUGCACCUAGUGGUUCAGGAAGCCAUGGGAAGAGGAAGAGAGGUGAAGGGUCUAGCAGGCAAACAAAGCAAAAAAUUCCAGCCUCAAGACAAAUAGCAGAUUCAGUUAGUGAAAUAGCUACUGCAUCUAAGGAUAGAACUGCAGUUCUAAACAAAAUAAAAGAGGUAUCAAUUUCUGAGGUUACGGCCGAAGUGCUCUGCCUUAAGGAAAUUACAAGUAACUCUGAUUCCGAAACCGGUGUUUAA